AUGGCUUGCGUUGGAUUCCACAACUGUGCGGCUCAGCUGCCCGCGCCCAGGACCCGGCUCCCCACCAUUCUACUUUCUCUUCUCUUCAUCCCCAUCUGCUCCAAAGCACUGCAUGUGUCCCAGCCUUCAGUGGUCCUGGCCAGCAGUCGGGGUGUCGCCAGCUUUGUGUGUGAGUAUGAGUUCGUAUGCAAAGCCAAAGAGGUGCGGGUGACAGUUCUGCGGCAGGUCAACAGCCAGAUGACAGAAGUCUGUGCCUGCACGUUUGAGAUGGAGAAGGAGUUGACUUUUCUUGAUGAUUCCACCUGCACUGGCACUUCCAGUGGGAACAAAGUGAACCUCACCAUGCGCGGGCUGGCAGCCAUCGACACCGGGAUGUACAUCUGCAAGGUGGAGCUCAUGUACCCACCGCCCUACUACAUGGGCAUGGGCAACGGAACCCAGAUUUUUGUCAUUGAUCCGGAACCGUGUCCAGAUUUUGAAUUCCUCAUCUGGAUCCUUGCGGCCAUCAGCUCGGGCUUGUUUUUUUACAGCUUCCUCCUCACAGCUGUUUCUUUGAGCAAGAUGCUGAAGAAAAGAAGCCUUCUUACUACAGGGGUCUAUGUGAAAAUGCCCCCAACUGAGCCUGAAUGUGAAAAGCAAUUUCAGCCUUACUUUAUUCCCAUCAAUUGA